UCAACGAUACCCAUUGCCCAGGCCUCGGCAGCGUCGAGUCGAACAACACUCAGAUUGCACGAUUCGACUUAAGGAUACCCGACAUUUCUCUAAUAAUUUCCAUCAUUUCUGGUCCAGAUUACUUUGGAUCUACUCAACUUGCACCUCUUUGUUGUUAUGAACUUGCUUUCCGCGAUAUUUGAAGCAAAAGUAUAAUGGCCUCUAGAACAAUAGUGAAAUUAUCGACUCCCGCUGCACCACGCGCUCCGUCGCUGCAAGAAGCUAUCGAUCUAUCUACCGAGUCAUGGCAGGAAGACUUGGCUCGGCUGUUCAGAAAUGCAAAGGAAUCUUUUGCAGAUGUAGUGUGGGAGGUUGGUGGGGGAGGAGUAGGUAUCAGUGAGGUUGUAGAGGAAGUUUGGGGACACAAAGCAAUUGUCUACGCAAGAGCGCCGCCGUCAUUUCAAUCGCGAUAUUUUCAAUUUCGGCCCAACCUGGCCACCUCACCUUCACCAUCACAGUCACCGAUACCGGGCUCCUCUGCGUUAUCACUCACCUUAAGUUUUGAGCAGGAACGUUUACUUCAAGUUUCUCAGUUGUCCCGGUCACCCUCACCCUCCAUUCGAAACUCGCCAGUACCGUCAACGAUGACCACCAAAGACGGUGUCGUCGUUACUCGUUUACACACAACCAUUACCCCUGCGCUGUUCAGCAAUGAGCUCGAGUAUUUGUACACUGGUCAAGGAUUUGGGGAAGCAUUUGAAUUCUUGUUUGACUCUACUGGUGAUGCAUCCCUUGGCGGCGGAGAGGCAGAAGCGCAGGAAAUUCGACUUGAUAAGCUUAGAAAGGACCUGGUGUUCAUGUGGCGAUCCAGGUUGUACAGCGAUGUCAAGAUUUCGCUGAUGGUGAAUCCGACAGAUAAUUUCUCUACCAGCUCAAGUGGAAACAAGGAGCACGAAAAUACAACUGCAGUAUUCAGUACACACCGUUUCAUCCUGGUUUCACGGUCCGCGUACUUUCGGAGUCUGCUGCUACCAAAUCCACUGAAAUCUUUGACAUUGGCAUCUUCAUUAUCUUCAACCCCAUCACCUCAAACCCUCACUUUACCUUCACCGCCAUUUACCCCUGCCUCUCUUCAUUUCACCCUCGGAUACCUUUAUACUGGUACUCUGGCAUUCUCUCACCGUACCUACGACCUUACAACUGCGCUGCAUAUAUACCUCUCAUCCCUGCCCGCACAUCUUCACCUCCCGCGUCUCCUAGACGAGAUUCGGGGCAGAAUCGUCAUGGAGCUUUGCCACGGGCUUUUCCAUGCCUUUCUAGAGUUUCCCGAGUACGAGGCGCUGAUAAAGGGUAGAUGGGGAGGAAACACUGGCGGAUGUCGAUGCAGACAGUGUGCCCGCCGAGCUCCACGUGUCCUAGAAUUUGCUGUUCGUCCGGAAGUCAAUGAUCCAUACCUCGAUCGUGGGGCACGUCGUGCCCUGGUAGGAUUAUUGGGAGACGGCUGGGUGACGUCUGAGUGGGCCGGGCUACCGGCACGCUUGAGGGAAAGCGUUUUGAAAGGAGUCAAGAAGCGGAUGAUACCUCCUACGGAUGAAAAAUCGAAAGGUGUCAACGUGAACGUUUGGAGUAUGCUUUUCGCUGUGGAAAGCGCUCUCGGAGUAGGAGGCAAACUAGCCAAAGCUGUCAAAGCAGCGGAGAAGAUGAUGAACACAGACGAUGUGGAUGAGAUUCGUAGGAAUUCAAACCCAAAUUGGCAUGAGACAGUGCGCAUGGACCUCCUGCAUGCGCGCGAAGCGAUAGACGAAUGUCUGGCAGAUCGUGUCACAGAAUGCUUCACACCACCUCCAUCAGUCACCACCGGCAUGGAGGAAGAAGAAGACUUCCCACCCUCGGAAUGGCACGACAUUCUUCUACGUGCUUCACCCUUCUAUCAACCUCCUUCGUGGCCGGAUAGACAGGGGCAUCGUAAACUGGCCUCAAUUGUCUCUUCCUUAGCACCAUCCACACUCACCCCAACACUGACACCCUCAAAUGCCUCGGAAGUUUCUGUCCCUGUCCCUCUCUCCUUCGCAAAUCACAAGUCAAUGGGACCUUCACCGUCCACUGCAUAUGAAGACGCUAAUCGCGUGUCUGCCAUCUUGGCUUCCCUUCUCCGAGGGCUCAAACCUUCUAACGCACCUCUUGUUUAUCAAACCCUAUUAUCCAACAUCCUCCUGCUCCCUGCCUCCCAUGACCCAAACAUCUCUCAAAGUUCUGGCAAUCAAUACCAGUCGAUAUACGACACCGAUGACAUGUUUGGCGGAAACAAUGCGUUACUAUUACCGCCGACGUCACAUGUGAGGAUACAGGUUGAGGAAGCGAGGAUCGAGGUUUUGAGGUGGAUCAGAGACAAAGGGAGGUGGAGAGAAGUCCGUGAAGCGGGUGGGUUUGUUGGAAUCGAUGGGAAGCAGGGCGCUUCAAUGGAGGGAUGGGCUUUGCAAGAGAUCGCCGAUUACAUUCAAGUUCCUCUUGACGAUCUUCUUUUGCCCCCCGCCAACCACACCUCCACCCCUUCUCGAGACCGCCUCAAACCACGCUCCGAUACCGACAGUGUCUCUAUUCAUUCGACUAACUCUCUCACACCCUCGAUGCGAGUGUCGAUCUUGUCACGGAAUUUACCUCAAAAAAGCAGCGGGCUCAAAUCUAGUGCAAGUUCGGUUCGAAGUGUCAGCACCGUUGGAAGUACGAAUACGAUCGGAAGAAGGAGAGUUGCAACGGCCGGGAAAGCGACAUCAAGCAUAGGAGGAGACAGGCCAGAUUCCAAAUUGACACCGCAUUCUACCCCCGAUGUCAGCAUAUCUGAGCAUCCUGAGGCGGAUGAAGAAGGAACACUCAACGAAGCAGAGGAACAAGAUGGUGAUGAUGAAGAUGUCAGCAUGAAAUCAUCAACACCUCCACGUUCUCGAUCCCCUUCACCAUCUGUUUCCUCUUCGCUAGUUAAGAAGUUAGGAAACCUUAAGAGCACACCGUCGUCACCGGUUGGCACAGGCAGAAGGCUUGCGUCGAACACAUCCCUUGCAUCAUCCCGUUCUAGUGUGAGAAGCACAAGGACUGUAUCUAGUACCACAAGCUCCGUGUCACCUCGUGCAGCAGCGGCUGCUAAACAAGCUGCCUCCCAACCCCGACCGAGAUCAGCUGCUUCGACGCGCUCGACAUUCUCUACCCGGUCUACAGUUUCCACGGCUUCAAAAUCAUCGAAGGUAUCGACGUCUACAGUUCGCAGGCAAACGAAAUCAGGUGGACUUCAGGUCCCCCCAGUGCCGAUGCCAAGGCCCAUUAGUGCAAGUACGAGUGGUACUUCCACCGCCUCGGGGACCUCAGGGACAAGUGGGACAAGUGACUUCCACACCGCCCCUACUUCUGGGAGUGUCGUCGGUACGCCUAGGCAACGUCAACGAACAGUCAGUGCUACUUCCGCCGGCAGUGUACGCAGCGCACGUAGUACGAGAAGCACGGCGACGAAUGCCACCGCAGGCACCACGACUGGCCGGACCACCGGCAAAGUACCUUCAACCAGAAGGCCGCCAUCUGUUACAUCUAUUGCCACUUCGGUCAAAAGUAACAAAGGAACAUCUCCGGCCGAUAAAGCGCGUGCUCAAGCUAAGGCUACUCUUGUCGCUGCUGGAUCAGGGGCAGGAACGGCGUCGUCCAAAGGCAAGACCCUAUCGAAGAAAGGUUCGAGUGAUACGAUCAAAGGCGAACGCGCUUCCGGUUCCAAAUCAAAAUAUCCCUCCAACAAAAAAACUGCUUCCAUUCCACCAUUGCCUCGUAGUUCUGUUUCAGGAUCAAUUCCCUCAACAGUACCGGAUCCCGGUCCAUCUUCUCCGCCCGAUGACGAAACCUCACCCUAUCCUACUCACCUUGGAGCAACCCUCUCUAUUGGCAUCCCCUGCAUCGUUUCAUCUAAACGCAAACGCUUUCGCGCGUUUGCAAGAUAUAUUGGUGAGGUUGAGGGUGAGCUAGGACCAUGGGUUGGUGUAGAGGUGCCUGUAAACGAUGAUAGAGGAAGGGAUAAAGACGUCGUGAUGGGUAACACGGAGGAUUCAAGGCAGUGGAAUGACGGUACCUGGCGGGGUGUACGUUAUUUCGAUAUAACGAAGGGACCUAGUAAUGGUGGUAGUGGUGGCACGGCAGAGGAGUGGGGUGAUAAUAUGGAUGAUCGCGCAAGCUCAAGACGGCGGCCUGGGCGGGGAGUUGAUGGUACCCCUUCUUCAUACAUAUAUUCCAAAGGAAUGAAACGCCGUGUGGACCAAUGGAGCGGGGAUUCUACGUCGAGAUAUGGCACGGCUUCAUCCAAGAGGAUGCGCAUGGGUAUGAUGGCGAGAAGUGCCAGUCCUUCUAUGAGUGACAAUGGCCAAGGGGGUUAUGGUGGAGUGGAAAGCAGGGGUUUGUUUGUUAGACCGCAACAAGUGUUGUAUGUUGUGGAUGCCAUUGAUGGUGGGGAUCUCUAGCAUUUUGGUUUAUAGGAGAGGUUAUGUGUGCGUCGCGCGAGAACGUAGCUUUUUCGCAGUGAAUUUUCAUACACUUUGUCACUCUUGCCACAUUCCUUGUUCUGUUUUUUUUACUAUGCUGUCGUCUUCGCUGCCUCCUUUUGUCACCUUUCAUUGCCAUAAUAUUUUCGAUACCAAUGGGACCUAUGACCAGCUACCAAACACUCAUUCCCAACGUUCUUUAUCUUUCUUAGACCUGGUAUUUUUCGCUUGCUAAACAUUUUCUCGGUG